AACCCCACCAAACCCCAAAAAAGACAGCAACACCCAAGCCAGCUGCAACAUGUUCAAAUCACUGGUCAGCGGGGCCAAACGCCUCGCCAAUGCCAACUCGUCCUCCACGCCAGACCUCUUCCCCAAGGUCACACCCGAGGUCGACGGCGAGGACUGCCUGCGCGACUGCGAGUCGUGCCAUGUGCAGUACCCAAAGGGCUUCAAGGUCGAGCUGCACGACGAGCUGUAUGGCCACGUCAAGGGCUGGGCGACACAUGUGCUCGUGGCCACGGGCAAGUCGGACUGGGUGCGCGAUGUGGCCAACGAGAAGGGGAGCGUGAUGCAGGCCAUCGAGGCUGCCCAGAAGCCCAGCAAUGGUAGACUGAUGCUAUCCGCCUCCAACAUCCCAACACCACAUCACACAAGUGACUACGCAGAGCCAACAACAGUACUCCUCCUCCCCGCCUUCGCCAUCGUCGAGAACGUCACCCCCGCCAACGUCCCCGACCUCAUCUCCAGCUACAUCAACAAGUCCCCCACCAGCACCUCGGCCCUCGCCCCCGUCUACGAGUCCCUACCAAGGUCCCUCCCCCCUCCCGACGUGCCCGAGGCCGCGCCCAAACACUCUGCCCUCGCCUCCCGCCCCUCUCCCCAUGCCGCCCUCGUCCUGCUCUGCUCCCAGCGCACCCGCGACGCCCGCUGCGGCCAGUCUGCUCCCCUCCUGCGCAAGGAGCUCGAGAGGCACCUACGCCCUCUGGGCCUGUACCGCGAUCUGGAUGAUGAGCGCCCGGGGGGUGUGGGAAUCUACUUUAUCAGCCAUACAGGUGGGCACAAGUACAGCGCCAACAUGAUGGUCUACAGGCGGCCUGACGCCUUCGGCCUGGACGGGGUCAGCAGGGCUGGGGCUGGUGCUGGUGCUGCUGAAGGGGAGGAGGAGGAAGGCCAGAAAGAAGAGGGCAAGACGAAGAACGGGGAGAAGGUGCUCGUGCCCGAGAAGAAAGACGUGGGCGACGAGGGCGGCGUAGGUGCGGCACAGUGCAUCUGGCUUGCCCGCGUGCGGCCCGAGGAUAUUGAGGGUAUCGUCAAGUAUACCAUUCUGCAGGGCAAGGUGGUCAAGCCCGAGAGCCAGUUAAGGGGCGGGUUUGACCGGUCCAGGGGUUUGAUGAGCUGGUGAGACUAUUCUUGCUUUCUUUUCUAUUUUUUUUUAUUUUUUUUUUUGUUUGAUCCUUCAUCUUCUCAGGAACAAAAGAAGGCAUACUCUGGGUGGUGUCUGCAUUAUACUACAGCUAGAAGCAUCAUUUCAUGGAAGAAGCAGAAGAAGAAGGUAUGUUGGGCUCUGUUGCAUCCCGGCCAGGGCCAGCUCAUGUUACACUAUAUAGAUUAUAGACAUAUUAUUCCACCAGCC